AUGGGGACCAUCGGGUCUCCCCUGCUCGUGCCCCGGUUGCAGCUGCCUACCGCGCCGUUGAAGCUAUCCUUCAUCGCGCGCCGCAGCGGAGGGAAGAGAAAGACAGAGGAGGCCACUGAUGAGACUCACCGGGUCAAGGCGGAUACAUCUCCUCCGUCAGUCGGGAGCCCGCCACGGUCCCACGCUCAUCGGGAGGCAGCGCAGGGUGGGGAGGAGGAGGCCGAAGGGGUGGGACGGUCCGCGGCUGAGGAGGCCACGCUGGUGGAGGUGAUGUGGACGCCACCCGCAUCUCUGCCAAGUCCGCCACAGGAGGACCCGGGCCGGGAGCUGUUUCCCGUUGGCCAGGAUCCCGUCCUGCCUGGGGCCGGCCGCGCGGAGCAGCAAGAGCCCGGGCGGGACGAGUCGGCCGGGCUGGCGGAGGAACUCCUAGCCACCGCGCGCCGCGUGAUAGAUUUUCUGUGUCAAUCCCUGGCUGGCCUGAGCCGGCGGGCCGCCGAGAGGCUACAGGGUGUACCGUCCGCGGGAGGCCGGCUUGAGCAGCUCGAGUCCCAGCUGGCCAAGCUAGAGGCUCAGAACCGCCUGCUGGAGAGGCAGUGGGCGAAGACCGAGAAGGAGCUCGCGAAGGAGAAGCGCGGGCUGGAGAAGGAGGUUCGUGCCCUGAAGCAUGACCUGGCGGCUUGCGACAAGGCCAAUGCCGACCUGCAGAAAGGUCGGGAUGCCGCGGAAGCGAGGGAGGGUGCCACCGAGGACAAGCUCCGCCUGGAGCGUCAAGCGCGCGAAGGCGCAGAGGCUCGGCUGGCCGAGGCGCUCGAGGCCCUGGGGCGAUUCACCGGCAAGGUGGAUGCCAUCCUCGCCACCUUCGAGCCGGAGGGCAUGGCUGUGGCGGAGGACCUGGAGGCGCGGCUGGAAGCGGCGCGUGAGCGGCUGGAAGGCUUCGCCAGGAAGGUUGCCGAGAGCACGGCCCAGUACACCCUGGGACUCGUGAAGUCCCACUUCUCGGAGGCCGACUUGGAGCCGGUGGGUGACGGGAUUGCACCGGACACCUCGGACCUUGCCUGGUCCGACUAG